GCAAAAACCCGUCGGUGGCGUGUGAUUUUCAUCGGUGGAGAAAGAAAGCAAGCUACGAGUGUUGUUGAUGCCCAAGACGGCUUUCCUCGAUGGGAUUGUGAGUAUAUCUUUUCCUCCUUCCCCUCCCCCUCUCUCAACAGCACACCACCCAAGCCAAUUGAUUCGGUCGCCAUGCUCGUGAUUGACGGCAAAGAACGCCAUGUGGGUCAGGUGGUUGUCCCGCUGGCAGAAAUUGCAGACAUCAGAACGGCGCCCGUGCUGAUUACGUCAAAUUUGCGUAUUGCUGACCUGCAACCCACCAAGCACAAUUCCUGCCCCUGUGGUCAGCUGAGCUUCUGGAUAUGGGUGGAGGAUCUGUGGCCCGAGGGCACCAUCCCCGGAGGCGCCAAAUCACUUAGCGGCUCUCACUCCUUCAAGGGUUCCCUCUCGCAGCUUGGCUCCGCCAUAAAGGGCCAGUAA